UUCACCUCUCUGCUGAUGGAGUGUCUUUCAGUCGAGUUCGGCAAGAAGUCCAAGUUGGAGUUUGCCAUCUACCCGGCUCCUCAGGUGUCUACAGCCGUGGUGGAGCCGUACAACUCCAUCCUGACCACCCACACCACCCUGGAGCACUCCGACUGCGCCUUCAUGGUGGACAACGAGGCCAUCUACGACAUCUGCCGCAGGAACCUGGACAUCGAGCGUCCGUCGUACACCAACCUGAACCGCCUCAUCAGCCAGAUCGUCUCCUCCAUCACCGCCUCUUUGCGCUUCGACGGCGCCUUGAACGUGGACCUGACAGAGUUCCAGACCAACCUGGUGCCCUACCCUCGCAUCCACUUCCCCCUGGCCACCUACGCUCCGGUGAUCUCGGCAGAGAAGGCCUACCACGAGCAGCUCACCGUGGCCGAAAUCACCAACUCCUGCUUCGAGCCGGCCAAUCAGAUGGUGAAAUGCGACCCCCGUCAUGGAAAGUACAUGGCCUGCUGCCUGCUGUACCGCGGCGACGUGGUGCCCAAAGACGUCAACACGGCGAUCAGCAACAUUAAAACCAAGCGCUCCAUCCAGUUUGUGGACUGGUGUCCCACUGGCUUCAAGGUGGGCAUCAACUACCAGCCUCCCACUGUGGUUCCUGGAGGAGACCUGGCCAAGGUGCAGAGGGCGGUGUGCAUGCUGAGCAACACCACCGCCAUCGCCGAGGCCUGGGCCCGACUGGACCACAAGUUCGACCUGAUGUACGCCAAGAGGGCCUUCGUCCACUGGUACGUGGGAGAGGGGAUGGAGGAGGGAGAGUUCUCCGAGGCCAGAGAGGACAUGGCUGCCCUGGAGAAGGACUACGAAGAGGUCGGGAGGGACUUCCUCGAUGAAGACGAAGGAAUAGAAAUAGGGGACGAGUAUUAAUAACAGACAGACAAUCAGUUGAACUCUUCAGCUUUGCACCACACAUGACCUCAUAUAUAUUUAUUAACUCUAUAUAUAAAGGGAAUUUUUAUUUCUGCACACAUCACAGCUACAUAUAUUUAUUCUAUCUUUAUUUUAUCACAAGUCUACCUUAGUAUUCAGCAGAAUACCCUAUUUAAUAUUAGAUUUUGUUGAGUUUUACUCCUGGGUUUUAACUUUUGAACUAUUUAUGUUUGAGAUUGUACUUGUGCACAUUUUGUAUGAGGAGUCUGAGAACACAAAUUUAAAUAUGACCGUUAUGC